CAGAAUCUCAAACUCUGUUGGGUUUUUAUUGACUUCUAUAUACCGGCUUUCCGCUAUAUUUGUAUGUUUCCAUGCCCUUUUGUGUGCUAGGUGGGUGCGCAUACUUUUCUAAGGCGGGACGGAUCGAUCUUACUUUAUUUCAUAAUAAAUAUAGUCACGUGACCAUGUCUUAAUAAGAUGUUCAUUUGAAAUGCUAUCAGAUAUUUCUACAGGACGGCAGGCUUCCGGAAUCUUUUUUCAGCGGGAUUGUUUGGACAGAAAUUAUGGAAUAGUUGAUACAAGUUGAGAGAUGGUUUAUGUGCAGACGAUCAUGUGGAAAUGAUACCGGAAGUACUUGAUAAAAAUGGUGCAUUUAACACUCAGGGAGGAAACCAUCUUAUUUAUGUGCUACCCUUUGCAACACAACAAUGCUUUUGACGCAUUCCUUGAUGUUAUUGACAAAUGAACUGAUAUAUGAACUACAUUACAAAAAUUUAGUAAUUCAUUUUUAAAACCAUACUGGUUUCAAUUCAUAACAUACUGAUUGUUUAAGCGACUUCAUACAUUAAAAUCAAAGAUGAACUACAAGUUAGUGGAAAUUCGCGACAAAGUCGCCGAAUGGUUCGCAAAUAAGGUAAAUGAUCCAAUUCAUCAGAGGCGGCUUGUUUUGGUCAUCGUCUGCAUAGCUUUGCUACUUGACAAUAUGUUGUAUAUGGUGAUAGUCCCGAUCAUUCCAGAAUAUCUAACGAAUCUAAGACAACAAGAUCAAGAUACAGUAAGUAACCAGCAACAAAUAAAUUGGACGGCAUAUAACUUAACCUAUUUCAAUUCAACAAUGUAUCCGCUCAACUAUACUGGAUCUACUCCAGCACCACCGCAACAUCGCCAUUGGAAUAAGACAUGGAAAAAGAUUUUCCUAAUAGAUGUACCGGCUCCCCCAGUUAAUUACGGAAACGAAGGUCAAUUAUCUAUUGGUGUUUUGUUUGCUUCAAAAGCGAUACUUCAGUUACUCGUAAAUCCAUUUACUGGCGCGUUUAUAGAUAGAGUAGGAUAUGACCUACCCAUGAUGAUUGGCUUGUCAAUCAUGUUCAUGUCAACAACAGUGUUUGCUUUUGGUAAGAGUUAUGGGGUUCUCUUUUUCGCAAGAAGUUUACAAGGAAUUGGAUCAGCAUUUGCAGAUACAUCAGGACUUGCAAUGAUUGCCGAUAGAUUUCAUGAAGAGGGAGAACGAAAUAAAGCUCUUGGUAUUGCAUUAGCUUUUAUAUCAUUUGGAUGUUUAUUUGCUCCGCCAUUUGGGGGUAUUCUAUAUGAAUUCUGCGGUAAAGUUGUACCAUUUUUAUUACUAGCUUUCCUUUGUGUUGUCGAUGGUUUAUUGGUGCUAUUCGUAAUGAAACCUGUUCGAAAACAAAGAUCUUUGAUUCCGCCCGAGGAUCGACCAAAAGGCACUCCUAUAUGGCGUCUCUUAAUGGACCCUUACAUAUUGGUUGCUGCCGGAGCGCUUGCAAUGUCAAAUGUCUCACUGGCAUUUCUUGAACCAACCAUUGCAAUGUGGAUGAAUCACACCAUGGGUGCUGAUGAAUGGGAAGUUGGAUUUGUUUGGCUUCCUGCUUUCAUCCCGCAUAUACUUGGCGUUUAUCUUACUGUUAAAUGGGCAAAGCUAUUUCCAAAACAUCAAUGGCUUGUUGCAGCGUUAGGAUUGGCUUUAGAGGGAACCUCCUGUUUGAUCAUCCCUUGCGCUAAGGCAUAUUUCGUAGUUUUGUUUCCAUUAGCUACAUUAUGCUUUGGAAUAGCUUGUGUUGAUACAGCUCUCCUACCGAUCCUUGGAUAUCUUGUAGAUGUGCGCUAUGUGUCUGUUUACGGGAGUGUUUAUGCAAUUGCAGAUAUAUCCUAUUCCUUCGCGUAUGCUUUUGGCCCAAUCGUUGCUGGUCAACUUGUAGACAGUAUAGGAUUUACCUGGCUGAAUGUUCUAAUUUUUAUAACGAAUGUAGGGUAUGCUCCUUUACUCAUCUGCAUGAAAACAAUUUAUAAAUAUAAACCCUUCGAAGACGAGAACGAAUGUGAUGUCUUAGUAUCAGAUCCACCGACUAAACAAUACAUGACUAUUGUUCAAAAUGGCGGACCCUUUGGUGACGGAACAAAAUCGAUCGACGUCAUUGGCAAAAACCACCUAGAGCUGUCGCCUCGUAACAAAAAGAAUUAUGAAAUAGAUAGCUAUCCACCAGAAAAUAACUUUUACGAUUCUGAUACUGAUUAUACUAAAAUUGACGGAUAUGGGUAUUGACCAAACAUUAAACUUAAAAUUCCCAGAUUGUGUACAUGUAUUAGAAUUUUAAACAAUCUUUGAACAUAUGCAUGUAGAAUAGAGAAGUCCAACUUUUGCAAUUUAGAGAACAGUUGAAUGUAGAAUAGACAAGCAAUUGUUUGUGAUUCCGUUACGUGGGUUACAUUUUUAAACUUAUUUUUAAUGAUUAAGGAUUAUUAUUUUAUUAUCAUCUUAUGCUAUGUGUUUAACAUUCCAUUUUAUGCUUCUCGAUGUAGAAGAUAUCAAAUUUAAUAUGAUGAAAAUAUAAUUUCUUUUUAAGAAAGAGAUAUAAAUAGACGAAGAGAGAUAGAGAGUAAGAUAUUUUAAUUGAGGGAUAGAAAGUGAGAGGUAGAAAUAAAGAGAUAGAGAGAUAGAGGUAUAUAGAGAUUGAAAGCGCAAGAGAAAUGAGUGAUAGACAAGUUAAGCAAAUGAAGAUAUAAGUAUGUGUCAUAAAAACAUUUUAAUUAUUUAAUUACAUGUGUAAUAUAAUAUACAUAUAUAUUUGAUUAUCGUAUGAUAGGUAAAAUACAAUAUUGUUUUUAUUUCUUUUCAAUUACUUAUUGAGUGCAAUAUACCGGUAUGUCUACCAGUCAAGUUAGAUAACAUUUUUUGUUAUAAUUGCCAUUGUACAUUGUUUUAUUAAACGCUAUUGAUUUCAAAAAUGCCUUUCAAGCUAGCUAGUUUAAGUAAUGCUAUAUAGAAAUAUAUUGAUAAUAUAAAACAAAUUGAUUUAAUUUUAGAUUCAAUGAAGGUUAAAUUGAUUUUUGUUUUCUUAUCGGACUGUAUAAAUGUUAACUUCAGCUCUACUUAUGUAUCAAUGAACACAUAUGUUUUAGUCAUUCUAACAUUUUGGCAAUCCUAACAUUUAAUGACUGAAUUAUGACCAUCCUGAUUCUAGUUUAAGUUUGAAACAAAUGGCCUUUAAGCGUGACACAAGUCGCAAUGUAAAAUUAGCUGCUUGCAAUGGCGGCCCGGGAAAUUUCAAAAUCAAAAGAUUCACAUUCGCAUAUUCAUAUUCGCACGCUUAGAGCAUGACUGAAUCGGUUUCUUUACACGAAAAACAAAUAACAAAAUACGGAUCGUAUUCUUUUAUGCAGGAAUAGCGUAAAUGUACUUUUUUGACCACUUACAUCUGCAGAAGGCAUAGGAAUUUAUUAAAUCUCUCGCUUAAAAAGGCUCAGUUUUUAAGAGCGUGCUCGUGCUUCUGCAAAAAUUGAUAAACAUAAAAGUUGCAUUAAUUAUCUUAGAAUCGUUUGUUAUUGUUAAACGCUUAUGUUCAAUUAUCUAGCUGUUAAACACAUAUUUUGUACAAACUGUCUGUGAUUUUUUAGAUAAUAUAAGCAAAUAACUCAUUCAAAAAGUUUAUUUAAGCACUGUUUUGUUCUGCUUUAUAACACAAUGAUGUAUAAAUGUUUCAUGUUGUUAAUUAUUUGUUAAAAUCUUUUAGUAGUUGUUAUGGUCAUUUUAUGAUACAAUUUAACAUGUUUGUUUUUACAUUAUCAAAUUAGUGAGUGUUUGAGGAAAGAGUUAAUAAAACUGCAGAUCCUU